AAACAACAUGGAACAAGUAAAACAAUCCGAGAAAGAAACCCUUAUUGCCUGUGGAUGGAUUGAACGGCUGAUACUAGGCAUAUGAUGAGGAUUAGAAUGAGAGUUGGGAAGAUCGCUCACUGCCAGUGGGAGUAUUUUGCUUUUCAUUUGGAGAAGACGCGCUCCCGCUUUCUCGAUGCGCUGUCCCUUUCAGCACCAAGAACAGUUACUAAUGCAGCAUAGCUUCAAGCGGACUGAAAAGAGCAUGAGGAAACGGGAGUAAAAUGCAGAACAGCAGGGCCCUGAGAGUAGAUGAAAAUUAGGAAUAUAAUGCCUUCAAAAUCAUACUGAGACUCAGCAGCAGCAUUGCAUUUCAGAGUUCCUUUGGCACCCCCAAAGUUUUAUUUUUCAAAUGCAAGGCACAUGUGGCAGAGAUGUUAUAAAAAUCAACAGCCAGCCUUCUUUGAACAGCUCUGAUUUGUCGACCCCCUGCAUGACUCUAAACUGACACUGGGUCGGGACUGAUGGUUGCGUUCAUGUUGUGCACCUUCAGAUGGUCUGUCUACUCCUCUAACCAGAAGAACCUUCACUGCUUUGACGAUUUCUGUAUCUUAAGCAAACAUGGUGAGGGAAAGGAAGAGAUCUUUUUCCUGCCAAUGCUUCUUUCUACUGACUGCCAAAUGCUGCUGGUUGCUCACCUCCAUGCAAAAAACAGAGGCCCAGGAACAUGCCCACUCCAUCCGCCUGGAAGGUGAUAUCAUUUUGGGAGGACUUUUCCCUGUUCAUUCUAGAGGAGAUCGAGGCGUCGCUUGUGGGGAUUUGAAGAAAGAAAAAGGGAUCCAUAGACUGGAAGCUAUGCUUUAUGCCAUAGACCAGAUCAAUAAGGAUCCUGACCUCCUUCCUAAUGUCACACUGGGUGCCCGGAUCCUUGACACUUGUUCCAGGGACACUUAUGCCUUGGAGCAGUCUUUGACAUUUGUACAAGCUCUCAUUGAGAAAGAUGCAUCAGACGUAAGGUGUGCCAAUGGGGAUCCCCCUAUCUUCGCCAAGCCUGACAAGAUCGUUGGAGUAAUAGGUGCUGCUGCAAGUUCAGUAUCAAUCAUGGUUGCCAAUAUUCUAAGACUUUUUAAGAUACCUCAGAUAAGCUAUGCAUCUACAGCCCCUGAAUUGAGUGACAACACCAGGUAUGACUUUUUCUCUCGAGUGGUCCCACCCGACUCAUAUCAAGCGCAAGCCAUGCUUGAUAUUGUCACAGAUAUGGGGUGGAAUUUUGUGUCAACCCUGGCUUCUGAGGGUAACUAUGGAGAGAGUGGCGUGGACGCAUUUAUACAGAUCUCAAGGGAGUCUGGUGGUGUUUGCAUUGCACAGUCUCUGAAAAUCCCUCGAGAACCGAAACCAGGAGAAUUUGACAAGAUAAUCCAACGUUUGUUGGAAACCACAAACGCCCGCGCUGUGAUUAUGUUUGCAAAUGAAGAUGACAUCAGGCGGGUGCUGGAAGCAGCCAAAAGGAUGAAUCAAACUGGCCAUUUCCUCUGGGUUGGUUCUGAUAGCUGGGGCUCCAAAAUCGCACCAGUUGUUCAGCAAGAAGAGGUGGCAGAGGGGGCUGUCACAAUUCUGCCCAGAAGAGCAUCUAUCUAUGGCUUUGAUAGAUAUUUUAGGAGCCGGUCACUAGCUAACAACAGACGAAACGUAUGGUUUGCAGAGUUCUGGGAAGAGAAUUUUGGAUGUAAAUUAGGAUCACAUGGCAAGAGAGUUGGUAAUCUCAAGAAAUGCACAGGGUUAGAAAAGAUUGGGAGGGAUUCCAGUUUUGAGCAAGAAGGGAAAGUGCAGUUUGUCAUUGAUGCUGUGUACGCCAUGGCUCACUCGUUACACAGAAUGCACAAAGACCUCUGCCCUGGAUAUAUUGGUCUUUGUCCAAGAAUGAGCAACAUUGAUGGAAAGGAGCUACUUAGUUGCAUCCGGGCUGUAAACUUUAAUGGAAGUGCAGGAACCCCUGUCGUUUUCAAUGAGAAUGGAGAUGCUCCUGGACGCUAUGACAUUUUCCAGUAUCAAAUCACCAAUAGGUCUAAGGCAGAAUACAAGGUUAUUGGACACUGGGCUGACCAACUUUACUUAAACCGGAAUGAUAUGCAGUGGACUAGAGGGGAUCCCUCUGUUCCAGUCUCUGUCUGCAGUCUUCCUUGUAAGCCUGGUGAAAGAAAGAAGACUGUAAAAGGAGUACCGUGCUGCUGGCACUGCGAGCGCUGUGAAGGCUAUCACUACCAGGUGAAUGAGUUCACCUGCGAAUUGUGUCCCUAUGAAGAGAGGCCCAAUGAGAACCACACAGGCUGCCAACCAAUUCCCAUAAUCAAGCUGGAAUGGCAUUCCCCUUGGGCAAUUGUGCCUGUCUUCCUUUCCAUGCUGGGGAUCAUUGCCACUACCUUUGCUAUUGUGACCUUUGUGCGUUACAAUGACACACCCAUUGUAAGGGCGUCAGGCAGGGAACUGAGCUACGUGCUGUUGACUGGUAUAUUCCUCUGUUACGCAAUCACUUUUCUCAUGAUCGCAACCCCUGACACUGGCGUGUGUUCUCUCCGGCGUAUCUUCUUAGGACUCGGCAUGUGCUUCAGCUAUGCUGCCUUGCUGACCAAAACCAACAGGAUCCAUCGCAUCUUUGAGCAAGGAAAGAAAUCUGUCAGUGCCCCCAGGUUUAUCAGCCCCGCCUCCCAGCUUGUCAUUACAUUCGCCCUCAUCUCCUUUCAGCUGCUGGGUGUCUUCAUCUGGUUUGCCGUGGACCCUCCCCAUAUCCUAGUGGACUUUGGGGAGCAGAGAACACCAGAUCCUAAGAACGCCAGAGGGGUCCUGAAGUGUGACAUUUCAGACCUUUCCCUCAUAUGUUCUCUUGGAUACAGUAUUCUUUUGAUGGUCACAUGCACUGUUUAUGCUAUUAAAACAAGAGGCGUGCCAGAGACCUUCAACGAAGCCAAACCUAUUGGAUUUACUAUGUACACAACAUGCAUCAUUUGGUUAGCUUUCAUACCAAUAUUCUUUGGUACAGCACAGUCUGCAGAAAGGAUGUACAUCCAGACCACAACUCUUACGGUCUCCUUAAGCUUAAGUGCUUCAGUCUCUCUGGGCAUGCUCUACAUGCCUAAGGUCUACAUUAUCAUCUUCCACCCAGAGCAGAAUGUGCAAAAACGCAAGCGCAGCUUCAAAGCUGUUGUUACAGCAGCCACAAUGUCAAGCAAGCUGACACAAAAAGGAAGUGACAGACCAAAUGGGGAGGUCAAAACUGAACUCUGUGAAAGCCUUGAAACUAACACAUCAUCUACCAAGACAGCAUAUGUCAGCUACAACAACCAUUCCGAAUGAGUAGCUUUCAAAAUGGAUCUUCUGAAGAGCAUAAGUCUAAAUAAACAGUUUCUCAAGUAUGGAGGCUUCAAGCAGCACCAAGGCAUGAUAUGUUGUAAGAAUGUCCACUGAAAACAAACUUGGGGUCAGGCAGAGUAUAUUAACGUUUGUUUGCUUGUGUCCAUUUAGAGAAAUUGACCAGCCAUAAAAGAACAAAGAGGUUGCGACAAAGAUUUAAAUUUAAAAAAAAAAUGGUUUUGGGCAAAAAAAAAAAAAAAAAAGUUCAACCAUAUUUGUCGUGAAUAUAUGUGUAAGUAUUUUUUGUGGUUGUGAAAAUGUUCAUUCUUGUCCCACUUUGUCUGACCUGCGUAAUGAGAUGCGUUUGUCUCUUGUAACUGCUAACUGAAUUGAAGCCCUGAA